ACAAUUACUUAAAUUUUUUUGAAUAAGACGAACGGUCAAACAUUUUUAAAAAAGUCAACGGCGUCAAAUAUUUUGGGAUGGAGGUAGUAACUCUUUCCGGUUUGCUUGAUGAUACAAGUAUUGAUUGGUGGGAUGGGCUGAAAAGGCUUGAAAACGGAAUUGGGCCGUUCCUUCCAAUAAAAGGGCUGACACGAGUGGAGUCGGGUCGUUGGCCCGUUAAGUUCCUUCCGAUCCGCUCGCUCUCAUCCGCCUCUUCCGCCGCAGCGCGCGCCAUUGCCUCUCCUCCUCGCCAUUGCCGGAUCUGUUGCUGCUCCUAGGUUAUCUAGACAUCUUCCUCUAGAGGGACAACUCUUGUUAGGGCUCCAUCGCGGACGAUGGCGGAUGGUGACCGUCAGGAGGCCGAGGCGCCCGUGGCCGGGAUCAAGAGGGUGAAGGAGGAGGAGGCGACCGCGUCCCCAAGUGGUGGCGAGAAGAAGAAGAUCCUCCCGAAUUGGAGGAAGUCAUCGAUCCCGUGUGAGGGGAGUGAGAUCCUGAAGAAGAAGAAGGAGGCGAUUGCGGCGAGGCCUCUCUGGGUGUCGAGGGAUGUCCCGGGGGCGAUGGAGUGCUGGAUUGAGGAGCGCGAGAAGGCCUUGGCGGAGGAGGAGGCCGACAUCGCGUCCGGGAAGAAGAAGAGGAAGAAGGUGGUCAAGUACAAGAUGCCUAAUGAAGUUAUCCAACAGAUGAUGAGAUACCCCUACACCUACCCGGAGUGCACCGAGGAGGAGCUGGCCCGACGUUCUGCCUCAAAUCGCCAGCUCCACCGCCUCAGAAUGUUCAUCGAUGGCAAGAUGUUCGCCUACGAGCAGACCCUCAUCGACCAGUACCUCAAACAUGGCUAUGCGUUCGACGAGGCGGAGAUCUCCGACGAGGAGGAGGAGGAGGAGGAGGAGCAGAAGUAGCAACCUGUCUGUGUUGUGGUGCAAGAUCCAUCUACCCUAAGUAAUAUCGCUUGCUUGCUUACUGGAGUAGUAUCUUCGUGUCCCUGUGUCUGUCUGUGUGAUCCACCACCUAUCCUUCCUUCCUAAGUGAAGUGUCUGCUCGCCAAUGACUCUGGUCUUGGUGUGUGUUAUCAUCUCAUAUCUUAUUUGCUACUGCAUGCUUUGCUACUUGAGCUAUAUAUUUUCCUGAUAUUACACCUUGCUAUACUAAUUGAACCAGCUAUCGUAUUGGAAUGAAUGAGUCAAUGGAUGUGUUUUAUGCUA